GAGACGGAGUGGGAAAAGAGAGACAGGCAGGCUCCACCAGAGAGACGUUGGGGAAAGCAAGUGACACAGAGAGAGAGAGAGAAGGAGAGAACAAGAGAGCAACAGUGAUAGAGGCAGGAUACAUGAAAGAGACAUAAAAGGAGAGAAAAGUGAAUCGAGGUAGAGUGAUAGACCAGGGAGAGUGACAGGAGAGAUAGAUCGAGAGGCAGUGAGAAAAAGCAGAGGGGAUCAAGUGAGUGAAAGAGCAGCACACCAAGUGAGCGAUAGAGAGAGAGACAGAAACAGAGAGGGAGAGAGAGAGGAAGAGACAGAAAGGGAGAGAGAGAGACGGAGAAAGAGAAAAAGAAGGAGGAGAGCCUGCUGCAGUUUGUCUCCUGGCUCUUCCCAGGCUGGUCAUGGAUUUGCUGUUGAGGAGCUCUCUCCGGUGUGGGCUAGUCAGGGAGUGUGUUCCUGCUCGCAGGAGCUAAAGCAGCUGCAGACCCUGCAGGAGAUCAAGAUGCCCUCCGUGUCCCUCAGCCUACCUGCCGCCCUGACCGGGCGAGCGCGUACCUGGGUCUGCCUCUCCUGCAUGCUCUGGCCUGAGGAGUUUGAUGCCGUCCACUCCCACACGUUCAGGGUGAAGACCUUCAAGAAGGGGAAGCAUUGUGGAGCCUGCAAGCAGACCGUCAGCCAGGAGGGGCUCAUCUGCAGAGGUCAGUACCCUGCCUCCCUAACCCUGAGGAGGGUCGAAGUGGUGCCGUACACGUUUGAAAGCAAGAUCCUCUGGUUAUGA